CUCGGGUGCCGGGUCCUCCGGGUCCGCGGCCGCCGAGAGCAGCCGGGGCCAGCCGCCGCUCCGCGGGACCCUCCGCCACGCGCAGCUCCGCGUAGCCGGCGCCCAGCAGCUCUCCGUCGGCCCCAAGAGGACUUUGCAGCCUCUGCCCCACCCCGCCUGUCCGAGCACCGCCGCCACCUGCGAACAGAUGGAGCUGGACCAAAGGACGACCGGCGGCCUCCACGCCUACCCCGCGCCCCGCGGCGGGCCGGUGGCCAAGCCCAACGUGAUCCUGCAGAUCGGGAAGUGCCGGGCGGAGAUGCUGGAGCACGUGCGGAGGACCCACCGGCACCUGCUGACCGAGGUGUCCAAGCAGGUGGAGCGGGAGCUGAAGGGGCUGCACCGCUCGGUGGGCAAGUUGGAGAGCAACCUGGACGGGUACGUGCCCACGGGCGACUCACAGCGCUGGAGGAAGUCCAUCAAGGCCUGCCUGUGUCGCUGCCAGGAGACCAUCGCCAACCUGGAGCGCUGGGUCAAGCGGGAGAUGCACGUGUGGCGGGAGGUCUUCUACCGGCUGGAGAGGUGGGCCGACCGCCUGGAGUCCAUGGGUGGCAAGUACCCGGCUGGCAGCAACCCCUCCCGCCACACCACCUCCGUAGGUGUCGGGGGUCCCGAGAGCUACGGCCACGAGGCUGACACCUACGACUACACGGUCAGCCCCUAUGCCAUCACCCCACCACCGGCCACAGGUGAGCUGCCCGGACAAGAGGCGGUGGAGGCCCAGCAGUACCCACCCUGGGGGCUGGGAGAGGACGGGCAGCCAAGCCCUGGCGUGGACACGCAGAUCUUCGAGGACCCGCGGGAGUUCCUCAGCCACCUGGAGGAGUACCUGCGCCAGGUGGGCGGCUCCGAGGAGUACUGGCUGUCACAGAUCCAGAACCACAUGAAUGGGCCGGCCAAGAAGUGGUGGGAGUACAAGCAGGGCUCAGUGAAGAACUGGGUGGAAUUCAAGAAGGAGUUCCUGCAGUACAGCGAGGGCGCGCUGUCGCGAGAGGCCGUGCAGCGUGAGCUGGACCUGCCGCAGAAGCAGGGAGAGCCGCUGGACCAGUUCCUGUGGCGCAAGCGGGACCUGUACCAGACGCUGUACGUGGAUGCCGACGAAGAGGAGAUCAUCCAGUACGUGGUGGGCACCCUGCAGCCCAAGCUCAAGCGCUUCCUGCGGCCCCCGCUGCCCAAGACCCUGGAGCAGCUCAUCCAGAAGGGCAUGGAGGUGGAGGACGGCCUGGAGCAGGUGGCCGAGCCCGCCAGCCCCCACCUGCCCACCGAGGAGGAGAGCGAGGCCCUCACGCCGGCCCUCACCAGCGAGUCUGUAGCCAGUGACCGGACCCAGCCCGAAUAGAGGGCGCCGGCCCCCCGCCUGCCCGCUGUGGCCUUUGCCCACCGGGACUUCUGAGUGGGCUGAUCCCUGCAGGGGGAGCCCUUGUCCUCAUGCAGCUGGACACCCACCUCAGCCUCCUAACCUGACCCUAACAGACACGUGUGAUUCAGAUGUGGGCAGCAUCCCCCAAACAGCAGAGGGGCUUCCCUUCCCUGCGGGGCCCUGCCCCUCGCCCUCCCUCCGUCUGUCUUCCCCAGCAUGGGCCGGCCUGGGCCAGCGGCCCCACCCUCCAUACUCUCAGGCCAGGACAGCUUCCUCGUCCUGUUCAAAGUCCCGGCCCUCUGGGCACUCAGAAACCCAGCAUCCAGACGGCACGGGCCCGCAGGCACCAAGCUCAAGGGACACCCCGGGGCAGAAGCUCUGGGCUUCUGGGAAGCCACCUCUCCUGGCAGUCGCCUCGUAGCUGACUGGCACCCCUGCCAUGGCCCAGGGCAGCUGGCCAGCCUCGGGCAGUGUGGCUCCCUCCCCUUGGAAGAGAGCCGAAGCCAAUAAAGGCAGCAGCAGCAGUGGCAGCAGCAGACCUGGCGUCCUGGUGCCUCCUGGCCCCUCAGCACCACUGAUUCAUGCCAGCCUGGGGAGGGACCGAGCCCCGCUCGAUGACUCACCCGUGGCAGGCGGAAGGUCCCACAGGGCCUGAGUCCUCAAACCCGGCUGAGGCAGCAGCCGGCCCUCGGAGCCAGGAGAGUGACAACAGGUCUCAAGGCUCCUGCGGAGCCUUUGCUGCUGUGCCUGGCAGUGCCUCCUCUCCUCUCCCCCUGCAAGCUGCCUGCACGAGAGGAGAAGUCUGAGGCCAGCGAGAGGCUGGUGGUGAAGACGCGCCAGCGUGAGGGCCGGGGCCUGCCGUAUGCCCGCCCCGCUGGCCGCCCGCCUGCCCACCCGCCCUCAGGGCCGCCACCCCGGCUCCGGCCUCGUUCCAGCCCAGGAACCGCUGCCCACUGCGCGGCCAUCCUUUCCUGCCAGAGCUUGCCACGAGGCCUGGGGCUGAGACCAGAGCCGCUGCCCCUGCCCGGCGGCCCCAAGCCCAGCCGCAGGAGACCCGGCGGGUCCUGAGGCUCAUGUGGGCUCUCUACCAGGCCCUGCCGUUGCCCAGGCCUGGACCCCCACCUCCCCCAGGGCACCCACACCCUGGUGCUGGCCGGCCGCUCGUGUCUGUGGCCUGAGCAGGCCUAGUUGGGGGUUCCCCUUUCUGCCUGUCCACUGGGGGGUCCCAGCUUCGGGGGAAUGACACUUACAGGUAACUCUGCCAGCUCCCCUGGAUUUUAUCUUUGCACAUAAGCCAUAACCCGUACUCGAGGCUGGUGCAGGCAGCAGGGAGGCCCCAGGGUCAAGAGGGUGUGGCCACCUCCCCGUCCCCCCAGCGGAUGAAGCCCUGAAUGUCAGACCAGGCUGUGUGCACCCUUGCCACCUUCCACGAAGACAGACUCUUUUUGUAAGAUUUUGUUAAUAAAACACUGAAACUUC